AGAGAGAGAGAGAGAGAGAGAGAGAGAAAGAAAGGGAGAAAGACAGAGAGAGAGAAAGAGAAAGAAAGACAGAUAAAGACACACAGACACAGGGACACACACUGCGUGUUAUUGGGUCUCGGUUUCUAUGUUCUGUUCUUUCUGUCCAGGGUUGAGGAUCUGCUCGUGAUAAACCCAGACUGCAGUGUGUUGAUUCUCGGUGUUGGAUGGUGUGAUCACAGGACUGAGUAGCGGGACACCCACUCACACUCUCUGAUGACUGUCGUCUGAGCUGUAACUCAGUGUUGGGAAUGCAGCCACCUCUAGCACCAGCCACAGUCAGAGAGCUGGUGCGCUCCCAUCUCCACCUUGACCCAGUUUCUUCAGAUUUGCGCUGUAGUCUUUUCGUAGCUGCCGUGCAGAAUUACAAGCGCGACUCUGUCCUGAGGCCAUUCCCACCCCGAUAUCUGAGGGGAGAGAUAAAGGAUUUUGAAGAAUUGCAGAAAGAUGUGAGCUCCUUGCCAAGCAUAAGAGACCUGGUCCGACUGGAAUCAGGAGAUGGAGAUCAUCAUCUGGCACUGGUUCACUGGGUGCUCUCCUCCAAAGGUUUUACCAUAAAGACCAUCCAGAAAGAAGAGUGGGCCAGACUCAGCCAACUGGCCCACAUACAUACAGGGUUCUCAUCUCCUGUGCCAGAUUUCCUUUUUGAGUUGGAAUACAGUGAACAGAUGAAUUCAAAGUUUGAGAAGACACGAGCCGGACGGGAUAUUAUCUAUGCAUUCCAUGGCAGCCGACUGGAGAACUUUCAUUCUAUUAUUCACAAUGGUCUACACUGCCAUCUGAAUAAGACAUCACUGUUUGGAGAAGGCACUUAUCUGACCAGUGACCUAAGUAUGGCUUUUCUGUACAGUCCCCAUGGAAACGGAUGGUGUGACAGUGUUCUUGGGCCAGUAUUGAGCUGUAUUGCCUUGUGUGAGAUCAUUGAUCAUCCAGAUGUAAAGUGUCAGGUAAAGAAGAAAGACUCUGAGAGCCUUGAUCGCAAGCGUUUGAGGGCAAGGAACAGUGAGAGUGGAGACGUGCCAGAGAAAUACUUUGUGGUCACCAACAAUGAGGUGCUUAGAGUAAAGUACCUGCUGGUUUACUCUCAGAAGCGUUACAGAACCAGACGUGCUCAAGGGACAUCAUGGCUGGUCAGACACCAUUUUGCAAUUAUGAUGGGCCUCUACCUUCUUCUUCUCAUUUUCAUUGGUGCCUUCAAUUCUACUACUUUUCAGUCAUUUUGGCAUAGAAUUUUCUGGUGAUUCAGCUUUUCCUCACAUUCGCCUUCGUUUCCAAAGUGCCUUUUUUCUUUGGUUCACAAAGAUUAAUUUAAGAAAUUAGUUUAAGGCCUGCAAUGAACACAGUGCUCAGAAAACUCUGAACAUUUUAUCCAUGGAUUAGUGUCUACUAGUUCUACUGCAGGCAUGUAUACUUUAUUUACAUUUUAAUAUGCAUUUAUUAGCUUUUUUAGUCAACACAUCAUGCAACAUUUAUUUAUUUACAUUAUCUGGUAAACAGUGUGGGGGACAGAGGCCUGCUUGUCCAGCCUGUGGGAUUUUUUAACACUGCGACAUUAGCGCUGUACAACCAAAUUAUGAGGGACAUUGUGUUGUCCUAUUGUUGCCUGUCUAUACAGGAUUGUGCUUGGCCAAGGUCAGUAGCUGCUUACUUAAAUUUAGAUUAUUUAUAGGGAAUAAUUAGUUGAACACGAUAAUCAUUAUACUGUUUAUAGGGCGGGAAGUGUAUUUGCACAAAGUCUAAUUCUAAUAUCAAAUUCGUAUAAUGUCUUGUGUGUUAUAUGCUGUGAGACUGUUGGGAGUUUUCUCUUUAUAAUCAUCAAGUUUUUGUUUAGGACAUGAUACAUUUUCCAUAUGGUUGAUUUUGGGAACUGUUUAAUUCCCUAAAUAUAACAGAAGAACAGUAAUCUAGGACCAAUUGUGUGUGUGAUUUGCUUGGGGUGCUGAAACUGAUAAUGGAAUGAAAAAUAUAUAUUGAACGUUGUUGUUAUUGUUAUUAUUAUUACAAUUUAACAAAAACAAUUUUUGAUCAUCUUCAUUGUCAUUUGGUGUGUUAAAAUAUGCAGUUUGUGUCCAUGUCAAAUGACCUAUUUUUCUGUGAAGACACUUCUAAUAUAGUUUACACUUGGGUUAAUAAACAUAUCUUUCCAGGA